AUGACACGAACGGACCCACCUGACAUCCUGGUGUCUACGGUGUACCAAGACAUAAAGGUGGCCACCGCAGCCCCCGGGGAUUCGAUCGUCUGCCAGCCCCUGGCACAAUGUGACGCCUCCAUGUCCUCGUCCCUGCCCCGCGAGCCGCAGCCCUUCAACAAGCGCCAUUGCAGGAGCUUUGACUUCCUCGAGUCACUGGACAGCGCACCGCGGGUGAAGUCCACCUUCACCCCGGUGCCCAUCGCUGUCUCGGCGUCGCCGCCACCGGUCCGGCGUGGGCGGGAGGCACUGCGGGUGGCACGGGAGCCCUCCCGCACCGAGCCCUCACCGCGCCGUGAGACACAGGUUCCCCUGCGGGCGCUGGCUAACGAGGUGCACCCCAUCAAGCUGCAGCCGCAGCGCAGCAGCGUCAGCCGCAUCUCCCCGCUCUGCCUGGGCAGCAACUGCUUCGAGGAGGGGCCGGGCACCAAGAUGGGCGCCAGCCCCCACGUCAAGUGCCGGGUGGACAUCAAGCCAGACGAGGCGGUGCUGGUGCACGCGGCGCGCAACCUGCGGGCAGCCCAGAACCGGCAGGAACUGCCGCGCUGGCCCCGCGCGCCCGGGGCUGCCCGCAGCCUGGCAGUGCCGGGGAGCAGGCAGGCAUCUGCGUCCCGCACGCCCACCCCCAGCGACUCCUACAGCGGGGACCCCCCGCUCCUGCCCUACCCCGGCGAGUACUACGAGGCGGACCCCCGGGCGCUGGCGUACCAGACGGUGCCGGUGCCGGCCUCGCGGGAGUUCAGGGAGUACCCCGAGAGGGGCUGCAUGACCUUCUCGGCCCCCGGCGUCCCUGCCAAGUUCUUCUAUGCGGAGGAGCCAGCGCGGUGCCCCAGCCCUGCCGUGCCCCUCCGCAGCUCUGGCUACGCCAGCUACCCCUACCCCAGCCGCCACAGCAUCCCCCAGCACUUUUAUGCCGAGGACCCGGCCAAAGCUGCUGUCCACACCGUGCCACCCCGGACGUUGUACGUGGAGGAGGCGCGGGGCUACCCGGUGCAGGAGGCGCCCGCCUGCGCCUUCUACGGGGACGAGCCCCGCUUUUACGCCCCCCGCGGCACCCCCGUCAAAACCAUCUACACCGAGGACGCCCGGACGUACCCGGCCCUCGGCUCCUCCGCCCGGGUCUUCUACGCCGAGGACUACGGGAAGUACCGGGAGCGGGAGGUGCUGUCGCGGACGUGCCCCCCGCCCCGCAGUGCCCAGCCCUUGCACUUCAGCGACUGGUACUGCCCCGAGCGGGGCGCGCUGCCCUACCAGACCUUGCAAGUGUCGCGCUUCGCCCCGCAGCCGGCCGGGCGCGAGGCCAUGCUCUCCUCCUGGCACGCCAGCUAUGGCGUAACCCCCCCGCGGCUGGGCCGGGAGACCCAGCACUACUCCAAAUCCUGGGACAACAUCCUGGCGCCGGCGGUGCGCAGGGAGGAGGUCCUGCAGCGCGGGCGCAGCUAUGAGAACCUGCUCGCCCAGGAGCACCACCGUGCCUUAUCCCCCGAGGAGCGCCGGCAGCCGGUGGUGAUCAACCUGUCAAGCUCGCCCAAGCGCUACGCCGCCCUGUCCCUCUCGGAGAGCUCCAUCCUCGAGAGGGUGCACGCCGACGGCAGCCGCGGCCCCCCGGGCCGCUCCUGGUACGUCACACCGGAGAUCACCAUCACCGACAACGACAUCCGCGCCGACGGGCUGGGCAGGAGCGAGAGGCGCUCGGCCAGCUGGGACAUGCUGGAUGGGGGGCGGGAGCGUGGUCCCUACGCCGUGCCCUGCACCCCGCAGCCCGCCCCCAGGGAGAGCGGCUCAGGGCGCCAGCGCCGCCCCGGGCAGCCGGCCAACGCAAGGUGCCGGCGGACGGAGCCCUUGUUCACCCCCUGCCUCUACUUCAAGUCAUGCCACAGCUGCUACACCUACUACUGCUCCCGGCACUGCCGCCGCGAGGACUGGGACACACACAAGGAGAGCUGCGUCUACGGGCGCGUGGGCAGCGUCUGCCGCCACGUCCUGCAGUUCUGCCGGGAGAACGCCGAGGUGCACAAGGCCUUCUCGCGCAUCGCCAAGGUGGGCUACCUCUCCCGCGGCCGCGGCGUCCUCUUCCUGGGCUUCCCCAACGCCGGCUCGGCUGAGAAUUUCCUCCAGUUCGGGCUGGAGAGCCUGCUGAUGUCCCCCACCUACCUGUCCCUGCGGGAGCUGGAGAGCUACUCAGACAACCUGGGGGAGUACGCCCGGGAGCUGCGGGAGACAGGCAACCAGUACGACCCCGAUGAAUGUUUCCUCCUGAAUGUAACUGUGGCCGUCACCCAAAAAGUGCCGGAGAGGCCGUCGCCGAAGAUGCAGGUGCCAACGGUCAGGAAAUACGCCAAGGUGGCCUUAGCCUCCUCCAGCCCCGAGAAGAAGAUCCUGAAGAAGGAGCGGGACAUGGAGACGUUGAUCCUGACACCCCCGCCCGGCACAGCGGACAUCGACAAGGAGGGGGAGGAGGGCCGCAAGGCGCGGGAGGUCUGCUUCAUCAACAUCCAGCGGGAGCUGCGCAUCCGCGGCGUCUUCCUGCGGCACGAGUUCCCCGCCGUCUAUGAGCAGCUCUGCGACUUCGUGGAGAGCAACAAGCGCUUCACCCCCACCACCAUCUACCCCAUCGACAAGAGGACAGGCAAACAGUUCAUGUGCAUGAUCAUGGCAGCCUCCGAGCCCCGCACCCUCGACUGGGUGGCCAGCCCCAACCUCCUGGACGACAUCAUGUGA